AUGGAGCCUGAAAUAAACUGUUCCGAACUGUGUGACGGUAUUCCUGGCCAGGAGCUGGGUCGGAGUCCUCUUCAUGAUCUCUGCAGGACAAUUACCUCUUCGCACUACAGCGGUAAGACCGUUUCUUCAUUGUCUCCUGUCCUCUUGGGUGUUGUUUGGACCUUUCUCAGCUGUGGACUUCUUCUGAUAGUCUUCUUUCUUGGCUUCACAGUUCGCUGCAGGAAUAACAGGAUUGUGAAGAUGUCCAGUCCCAAUCUGAACAUUGUGACCUUACUUGGCAGUUGUCUGACUUACAGUAGUGUUUACCUCUUUGGGAUUCAAGAUCGAGAUGCUUUAGAGGGACGCUCAAUGGAAACUCUCAUUCAGAUAAGACUAUCCAUGCUGUGCAUUGGGACCUCCCUUGUGUUUGGUCCCAUUCUAGGGAAAAGCUGGAGACUCUACAAGGUGUUUACCCAGAGGGUCCCGGACAAGAGAGUGAUAAUCAAAGACCUGCAGCUACUGGGGUUGGUGGCAGCCCUGGUGAUAGCUGAUGUGAUCCUGCUUGUGACGUGGGUGCUGACUGAUCCCAUCCAGUGCCUCCAGAUUCUCGGUGUCAGUAUGACGGUGACAGGGAGAGACGUGUCCUGCUCUCUGACCAGCUCACACUUCUGUGCUUCCCGGUACUCUGAUGUCUGGAUUGCUCUUGUUUUGGUGUGCAAGGGCCUGCUCCUGCUCUACGGUGCCUACCUGGCUGGCCUGACUGACCACGUCAGCUCUCCUCCCGUGAAUCAGUCUUUAACCAUCAUGGUUGGGGUCAACCUCGUAGUAGUGGCUGCAGGGCUUCUCUUCGUGGUCACCAGAUACUUGCACUCCUGGCCCAACCUGGUCUUUGGACUCACAUCUGGAGGUAUCUUUGUUUGCACAACCACGAUCAACUGCUUCAUCUUCGUUCCCCAGCUGAAGCAGUGGAAGGCAUUUGAAGAGGAAAACCAAACAAUCAGACGCAUGGCCAAAUAUUUCAGCACUCCCAGCAAAAGCUUCCAGACCCAGUAUGGUGAGGAGCAGAACUGCCACGCCGGAGGAGAGAGAAACUCCAUGGACAGACUCCUCACAGAAAAAAAUGCUAUGAUUGAAAGGCUGCAGGAACAAGUAAACAACGCCAAAGAGAAGCUAGUGAGGCUGAUGUCAGCUGAGUGCACCUUCGACCCCCCAGAGUGGGCUGUCCCUCCGGCCUCUUCCCACAGCAAGAACACCCUGGUUGCAGCCUCUGCCCACAGCCUGGUAGCUCAGGGGCCUUCAGAAUGCCUCUCUGGCUCUCAGAACGAUACCAGUGUGGUUGCCCAGGACUCCCAGAGCACCUCAGUGCCUUCCUCAAGUGUACAAAGCCUGGAGCAGGCUGUGAAGGACACCAGCUCCUCCCCAGGGCAGAAGGAGAAAAUGUCUAACUUGAAAGACAUUUCAGAUCAUUUAAAUUUGGGCUGCAGCCAGAAGCCACGGCCUGAGCAAAGCCGAGGUGCAGAAAGGCAAGACCAAGUACCCAUGAACCCCCACCAGAUUCUCAUACCAGGGGGAGAAGGCCCCAUUCCCCAGAGACAGGGGCAGCUGGAGAACUCAGAGGAGCCCCAAAAGCGGCUGUCAAGGGUCAAUUCAGUGAUCAGGGAGAAGCUUCAGGAAGUCCUACAAGAUCUGGGCCUGGGCCCUGAGACUCCCCUCCCCUCUUCCCUGUCCUAUCCCCAGCAGCCCUGGAAGAGCAGUGCUGCCCACAGCUUCCAGAAGAUUCCCCUCUCCAAUGAGCUGGGCUUCAGCCCAUACAUGGUGAGGAGAAGGCAGGCAGCACUGCAGGCUCGCUCACAUUUUCCAGGCUCUAUACCUUCAUAUGUGGGGCAUCGUGCAAAUAAGACUGUUUCUGGGGCACACAGUGAGCGGCUAAAUGUGCACAAUAGGGACAGUGACUGCCUGGAUCCCCAAACUGCUGAUUCCAGAGUCCCAAAUCCCUCUUCUAGGAAGACUUCACUACUACCCAAUCCUCAAGGCAAGCCGGGCACUGUGGAGGGCAGCAAACAAAGCCAGACAGAGCCCCAGGGUGCCAGAGGGAGCCAUGUAGCCUUUCCCCACCAGCCUUCUGGCUCUGACCAGGCACCAUGUCCCACUGCCCCACACCUAUCCAGAGCCUCACCAGACAUUCUGGAACAGCGGCAGCUGCUGCCCCUGGGAUUCCCACGCUGUCCCUCCAUGUCCCCUCCAUGCAACUACCUUGACACUGAGUCCAGCAGUUCAGACGAGUUCUUCUGUCGCUGCCACCGGCCCUACUGUGAAAUCUGCUUCCAGAGCUCCUCUGAUUCCAGUGACAGUGGCUCAUCAGACAGUGACCCUGACCCUGCUGUGGGGCUGGCUUCCUGGGAGAAGCUGUGGGCCCGCUCAAAGCCUAUCGUGAACUUCAAAGAUGACUUGAAACCCACACUGGUGUGA